AUGCUGUCCUGUUUCUGGUUUUUCUCCAAGCACAUCGGCCCUGCACUGAGGUCCCUGCCCCGUGUGCUACACAGAUGUACGGUCCCACAGUGUUUGGCCUACAGGUAUCCUUCAGGUCCCCUACCAGUCUCCUCCCCUCGACGCCUGCUGGCCUCCUCCAAGGACUCCACUGGAUCUGCCAGGGUGCGCCAAAACUUUCACCCCGACUGCGAGGCCGCCAUCAACCGCCAAAUCAACAUGGAGCUUUAUGCAUCCUACGUGUACCUGUCCAUGGCCUACUAUUUCUCCAGAGAUGAUGUGGCCUUGUACAACUUCUCCAAGUAUUUCCUUCACCAGUCCCUGGAGGAGAGGGAACACGCCGAGAAGCUAAUGAGGCUUCAGAACCAGCGUGGAGGCCGAAUCUCCCUCCAGGAUAUCAAGAAGCCAGACCGAGAUGACUGGGAAAGUGGACUGCGGGCCAUGGAAUGCGCUCUGCUCCUGGAGAAGAGUGUAAACCAGUCGCUGCUGGACUUGCAUACUCUCGCAUCCGAAAAAGGAGAUCCUCAUUUGUGCGACUUUCUGGAAACGUACUACCUGAAUGAGCAGGUGAAGUCUAUCAAAGAAUUAGGUGACCAUGUGCACAACUUAGUCACCAUGGGGGCUCCAGCUGCUGGCCUAGCAGAGUAUCUUUUUGACAAGCACACCCUUGGAAGUGAGAGCAAGCACUAA